AUGCCCGAGAAGGCAGCGAAGAGCGGAAGCGUAGCGUACUUGGAAUUGGUGAGCACGCAAUACGAGGGGGAGGUGCUCAGGAAGGUGAACGGCACGGUGCUCAGUGCCACAGAUUUCGCGGCGCAACAGGGGAACGACCGUUCCUUGAAGCGUGAGCGAGAUGAGGCAGCCACGAACGUCAAGAAGGCCGGCGUGGGGCGUUCAUUGUCGCAUCCAGCUGAGAUCGUUGGCCUGUCCGACCCCCGGUUGAGCUUCGACGCAAUGGGGGUCGACAGGCCAGCAGCCCACAGCAUCCUCGUGGCCGAUCUUCCAGGCUGGACGGACAUCCCGCACAGCCGGAUCUGGGAGUUUCUCGUCCGUGGCAUUACUUCUGGAGGCUGGACGGACAUCCCGCACAGCCGGAUCUGGGAGUUUCUCGUCCGUGGCGCUACAGCCCUCGACGAUGCGGGCCUCUUCUGCUUCUCCACGAGCGUGGAGGUUCUGGAGUACGAACCAUCCUACAACGCGCGCAAAACACUGACUCCUUGGGGCGCAGAGAAGACGGAGGGCAACGCUAGUGCGGGCGGAGGAGGCCAGCGCGCUGGCGUGGACGCGGCAAUGCCCGCGCUUCCAGGUCUGAGGAACCCCAAGUGGUAUUGCUUCAUGAACGCACCACUGCAAGCGCUCUUCGCCCUCCCAAAAGCGCGGCUGGCGUUGCGCACGGUGCGACGGGGGAGCCCUGCUGAGUGGGCCGGAUGGCUUUUUGCGGAGCGCCACAGUGCCGAGCAGCGGUCAGGCAGGGCCCCGGACUUCGACGGACUCUUGGCACAGACGUUGUGGGAAAUGGAGUGCAGCGUUGGGCCGAGGCCUGUCCUACUGGACGCCAUGCCGGGCGUUUUCUAUGAUGAGACUCAGGAAGAUGCAGGGGAGUUUUUGCAGGAGGUAUUGAACGAUGAGCGGGCGCCCGUUGUGAGUGAGCUGUUCCGGAUGGAGAAAGUCGAGCGACUUGUGUGCACUCGGGAAAGUUGUGGCGGUGCCACGGUGGUCAAGGGGGACAGAGACUUGACGUGUUUGAUGGUGCAGAUACCACGGGGAGACGGCGGUCGGGUGAGAACAGUGCAAGAGGCCGUGGACAGAAGCAGCGGCGGGGAGAUGAUGGAAGCAGAUCACAGGUGGUCGUGCCCAACAGGAUGCGGGUGUCGCGCCGCGAGAAAGGAGUGGCAGCUGACGCGGGCGCCGCAGUGUUUGUGGAUCCAACUAGUCGCGCAGGAGUACGAUGCAGCUUCGGGGAGAGUGAUGAAGGUUCCUCAUGCUGUCGUGCCUAGUGAGGACUUAGUCCUCUGCGGGCAACAGUACGCGCUGGUGAGCUGUGUGUUCCACCACGGAGAAGGAUUUCGCACGGGGCAUUAUAACGCGUGCUGCCGGACAUCGCAUGGCGGCAGAGCGCGGUGGGAAAUGCGCGACGACGGCGAAGUAUGGCCGAGCGUGCCGCCGUCUGACGCGCGUGGAUGGAAGACUGCUGCUGACUCGUCGGUGCACAUACUGAUGUACGCGCGCGUGGCCGCCGUGCUCGAGCCUGCGAGAGUGCGCGGGGCGGAGUCGGGUGCGAGUGAUGCGGGUUUGAGGUCAGGGGCGGCCGCGAGCGCAGCGCGGUCGGGCAAGUCAAGCGUCGGUGAGGUAGCGGCAUUGGAACAUGGCGCGGUCGACCUGGAGGGACUUUCGUCGGCGACGUCGAAGGAGAAGCGCGGUGUGGGGCCGGUCAUGCAGGGCGUCGCCGCGCGGAGAGGUCGCGCUCCAGCGGUGCACAUCCUGCCGUGUGAUCUCGUGCCACCAGUGCGAGUCAUCAGGGAGUCGGAUAUUCGCGCGCUGCGUUUGUUGCUGAGUCCGUGCGAAAAGCCGGAUGCGUGGGACGUGCCCGGACUGGAGUUCGUGCCGGGAGAGCUGCGCGCCCAGCUCUGGAAAGCGUGGGGCGACACGGAAGCGCUCCUGCGAGUCAUGCAAGAAACGUGGGCGCGUGCCUGGCAGGGGUGGGAGGAGUCAUGGGACGCUCUGGCAGACGCUCCCGACGCAGAGGAUAGAUGCCGCGUGGUGGAAGAACGGACGUGCAAGUUCAUGGAAUUCUUGAUGGGGGAAGUGGUGUUCGAGGCGAAGACGGACGAGGAACGCGGGGCCGAGAUGGCACGGGAUGGCCGCUGUGUGGGUGCAUCGCUUGCACACGGGGUCAACGCUAGCCUAGCGGACAGUAUAUUCCAGCUUGUGUCGAACGCUGGGUGGUGUGGCCAUGCCCUGGCGUCCGCUGAGGAGCGACGCGUCGCAUGUGAAGCGUGCGUGGGGUAUUUGCGAAACGUCGAGGAUGCGUGGUUAAAUCUGGCGUCGCACGGUGGGGAGCUAAGCGUUGCCGCUCAUGCAGGCGAGAUCGUGAGGUUUGCGUUGGCCCGCCACGGCAUGCAAGGAGUAGCGCUGCCAGACCGAGUUAUCUUGCGCACGUACUCCCGCUUUGACGGGCACGUCGGGCCACGCGGGGGGUAUGACAUGACGUUGUCCCGAGAGGAGAUCCUGGGGGGCAGCCCGGUACAGGGGCAAUGGCCUCGUGCGGGCGAUAUCACCGAGGAGCAAGGGGCAGUCGUCCUUGAAAUAUACAAUGAGACAGGCGCCGACAUCAGCAGUACCUGGUACAGGCCAGUGUGGACGCGCGCCGAGAAGAAUUCCCGCGGGAAAGCGGCUUCCGAGGGGGCAGACGAACCUCCGGAGGUGGCUGGGACAGAGACAGGGCAGCCCGAGAGCGCAGGACCGGACGCGAGUGCGGGCGGUGCGGGCAGGAGCGGAACGGAGCAGAGCAAGGCCCAGGUCGUGGAGAACGGCUACACGGAGGCAGCGGGAGCAGCGCACGUGCACCGCGUCCGCGCUGUCGAGAACGGCCGCGUGUCCGCGGACGUCUGUCGCAGGGGAAGGGAAGAAGGUCUACGGGCUGCUGCUGAGCUUAUGAAAAAGCACCCCACCGUUCCAGCGGUCUCCGUGCACGGAGCAUCGUUGAAGGACGACGACAUCUUCUCACGAGGUGCCGUAGUACUGCCGCCAGCGCACUGCGCUUUCAGCAGAUGCGGGUGGAGAGGGUCCAGCAACGCGGAGCUCCAGGAGCAUGUGGUAAGCAAUCACGCGGGGGAUCUACGGGACGUCGCGGAGGCGCUCGCGUGCAACGAAGAAGACGAGACGAGGCGAAGAGAGGCACAGUACUGGUCCGCGUACAACGAGGCCAUUGCAUGGAAAGUUCGAACGGGCGCGCCGCUUGCAGCACUGGCGAUCGAUCGCCGAUGUCUGUUCGAGUAUGCGCGGAGUCUGCGCGAGGGUGCCGUCGACUCUCUCGUGCGCAUGGUGUGCGCACGGAAGUUUCCGCACGUGGAAGGGCGCAGAGGGAACCCGAUCGAAUGGCGCGCGGUGAGUCCGAACGCGGACGGACUGUUCUGGCUGUCGGGCGCUUUUGUGAGAGAGCAUAUGUCGGUGGACGCGUACGUGGAGCGCUUCGGCAAUGUGAGUGCGGACGGGGAGGGUAGCAGCGGUGUUCAUCUCCGAGAUCGUAUGGAGGAGUUCAAUGAUUGGCAAGUGACGGUCCCAUCAGAAGAGGGGCCCGUCAGCGUGCUCUGUUGCCCCGAGGACAUGCGGUGCGGAGGUGGCACGUGGCACUCGGAGAACACGGUCAUGCGGCUGGUGCCCCUGGACGACGCGCUGGAGAAGAUCCAAAUGCAGAAGGCGGCGACGCCCGUGCCGAGGCCCGACGGGCUACGUGAGGCAGGAGAGAUUUUGGAGACCACGAAGGCGAACGCUGUUGUGUGUGAGAAGAGCAGUUUCGACGAAAUAGACAUCAAUGCGCAGCGGAUUGAGGCCGUGCGGACCUUCGUGCAAAGGCUGGAUGAGGAGUGCGCGCAUGGCGGGGCCGACGACACGUCGAACUCCAGCGAGGACGAGGAAGACGGCGGGAAGGCAGAACGGGCAAGUAAACGCGGGCGCGUCCACGAGGGAGUGCCCUCGGGCGCGAAUGAGGCGGCCCGAGAAGCAGUGGAGCGCGACAUGCUGACUCAGGCUGGGCGCGAAAGGAAGCGCGUGGAUCGGCUCCGCGUGCGCACUGGCGAGGUCGAGCAGCUCACUCCCGCGGAAAUCGCGGAAGGAGCGAAGCAGAUUUAUCAAGCGCUCGACGGGAAGUACGUAGACAUCAACAAUAGGAAACAGAAAGUGAACGGCGACAUGACCAAAGUGCGGCACGUGCCAACGUUGGGGAAAGCCGCCCAUAAGCUGCUUACGCACAUAGAGCACACUUCGCGGCGACUGUCUGGUACACAGGAAGCGCGUCGAGUCAUGCGAUUUGAGACGAACGCGCUGCGAGUGCGGUACGGCGUCCCCAUUUUCGUAACCUUCUCGCCCGACGAAGGUCACAAUCUUCUCAUGGUGAGACUCUCGCGCACUCGACGGCAAGACCCUGUGCACAAGGCGGCUGAUGACGAAGCGCAGUCGCGGCUGGCGGGGGGUCGGGGCUGGCCGCGCGUAGCCCCCGACAUGGAUGGGCUGCAGAUGGACCUGCCAAUGGCCGCGGGGGAGGCAGAAGUGCCGCCAUGGAACGAGCGCAGACGAAUUCUUGCGAGAGAUCCCAUGGCCAGCGUGGACGGGUUCCGUAUCCUGGUGGCGCUGCGGGAGCGGCCGGAUCUGCCGCAGCAGAAGAUGGCAUGGCUCCAACGCCACGACAAGGAGAGCGGGGACUUGUACGGCUUCUUACCCAUCGCUGAAGGCAUGCCCGUCGCUCUGACCGAUCAUAUCGAUCGAAGCGAGGACAAGAACCUGCUGCGCGGUCGCGUGGGCCGGGUGCAAUCCUGGGUAUGCGACGGGGACGGCGUCGAUGAUCGAGUCACGCGCGGCGGGGAGACCAUAUUGAAGAAGACGCCGAAAGUGAUUUUCGUGUUGUUCGACGAAGGCGAUGACGGGAACGGCGGCAGGAAGCCAUGCCAGUGGACGAUCGAGGGAUUGAAGACGCCCGGCCUGUACCCCGUGAUCCCGCAGAAGAAAGAUUGGUUCGUGGACAUGCUGAUCUUUCGCCCUUUCGACAUUGCGCCGUAUCAGAAGAAGGACGAACGGAAGGGCCCGGACUUACUGCUGCGCACGUUGCGCGGAGAAGAAUUGGACUGGGAGGCGAUAGAGCGCGAGUUCAUGCCGUCUGGCAGGUGCGCGGUCUGCGGGUGCACGAAGUACAAGAACAUGUACCCAACGGUCGGGCAGUGGAGCCGCGCAGAUGGGCUCCGCGUGUGCAGCGUGUGCAUGGAAGAUAAGAAGAGGGCUGGCACGCCGUGGCAAUGCAUGGAGUGUGGUCUAUGGAAGUGCCAGGAGGCGUUCCACGCGUCACAGCACCAUCCGUCGAAGUUGACCACGCGGCGCUGCGUGGACUGCCCGGAGAGACGGAGUUGUCGCGUGUGCGAGGAUCGGAAGUACGAGCAAGCUUUCGCGGCGUUUCAGUGGGAUAAGGCAGGGAACGCCCGGUGCAAAGGAGGGAUGUGCCUGGAAUGCGAGGAGCUGAAGAAGCACCUGACGUGUUCGCGCUGCGGCCAGCAGAAGUUACCAGUUGAAUUUGCCAAAGCGGAACAGGUCAACGACGAACCCACAUGCAAGGCUUGUAAGAAGUCGCAGAGAGAGGUGGAGAAGGCCCGCGCCGAAGAAGCGAAGCGAGUGGUAUGCUCAGCAUGUGGAGCGGCGAAGAGUAAGGCGGAAUUCUCCUCUCACAUGUUGGUCAACGCGUCGGAAGCGUCGAUUGCCUGUACCACGUGCGUGGACGCUGCAACCGCCCAACGGAAUAUGGCGGCGAGCAAAGACGUGAAGACCUGUGUUGGGUGCGGGGUGGCGCAACGGCGCGAUUGCUUUUCACGAAAGAUGUGGGAUGGAGUGGUCGCGAGUGACCGGAAGUGCAAGCGCUGCGUCGACGCUGGCGCUGCGCAGAGGGACGCGGCUGCGAGGAAGGACGAGAGAGCCUGCGUUGCGUGCGGGGUGGCGCAGCGGCGUGAAUGCUUUUCGCAGUGGAUGUGGGAGGGCGUGGCAGAGCGUCACCGCAAGUGCAAGCGCUGCAUCGAUGGCGCGAAGCUGCAGCGUGGAAAGUGGAAAUGUGUGGAAUGUAAGGGCGCUUUCGAGAGGGAGCACUACAGCACCUGGUUGGCCGGGCGAACGACGCAGAAGGCGGAUGGAAAGCAGAG